AUGGGGGGUAAAAGCUCAACACCAGAGGCCAGCCAUGCAUACAAAGAUAUGAAGGCUGCGAAGGAAGAAGAUCUCACAGAGUUGUUGACUGAAACUCAUCGUGAAUGGCAUAUGUUGGAAAAAACCACCCUUGACAUUGCCAUCACAGGGAUAUCUGGUGCUGGUAAAUCAUCCCUCAUUAACGCUCUGCUGGGUCUGUCAGAUUUUGACGAGGGUGCAGCCGAAAUUGGUGUGAUUCAAGUCACACAGGAGCCACUGGGUUAUCCACACCCUGCAUUUCCAAAUGUAAAUGUGACAUUAUGGGACCUUCCAGGAACUGGAACACCUGAGUUUAGUCCGGAGAAAUAUCUAGAAAGGAUUAAUUACAGCCGUUUUGAUUUCUUCAUCCUUGUCACCAGUGAGCGCAUCACUGUUCAUGACAUCCAGCUGUCCUGUGCAAUUCAUAAAAUGGGGAAGAGGUUCUACUGUGUGCGCUCCAAAAUGGAUGCCAGCAUUCGGAAUGAAAAAACAAAGCCAGACUUCAAUGAGGAAACAACCCUUCAACAAAUCAGGAAAUAUUGCCUCGAUAAUUUGGUGCUGGCUGGUAUUUCUUCUCCGGUGAUUUUCCUCGUCUCCAGUUGGUACUGGGAUAAGUACGAUUUCCCCCUCCUGAAAAGGAUGUUAGAGAAUGAAAUUGAAGACCUUGAGAGAUGUGCCUUAAUAGCAGAAAAGGCGAAACAAGAGAGAUCCACUUCAACAUCAGGAAUUUCUGGAAUUCAUGCUUUCCUCUCAAAAGCAGUCUUAAGAAUUGACCUUGCGAAGCUGAAGGAUGCUACGGCACAAGGAAGUCUUGAAAAGGUGGCAGAUGAAACUCGUUAUGAAUUGGAUGCCUUAAAAAAUACCAAGCUUGACAUUGCAAUCACAGGGGUGUCAGGUGCUGGUAAAUCAUCCCUUGUCAAUGCCCUGCGGAACAUGUCAGAUUAUGAAGAAGGGGCAGCCCAGACGGGAGUAAUGCAAACAACUAUGGAUAUCCAUGGGUAUCCUCAUCCCUCAUUUCCAAAUGUAACUUUAUGGGAUCUACCAGGAAUCGGGACACCUGAAUUUAAACCAAAGGAUUACCUAAAGAAGAUCAAUUUUAGUCAAUAUGAUUUCUUCAUCAUUGUUGCCUCAGAACGGUUCAGUGAAAACGACGUCCUCCUGGCCCAAGAAAUUAAGAAAAUGCAGAAGAAGUAUUAUUAUGUGCGUUCCAAGAUGGAUCUAUGUAUGGAUUCUGAGAAAAGGAGACCCAACUUCAGUGAGGACAAAACCCUUGAGAAGAUAAAAGACUAUUGCUGUAAGAAUUUGAGAAUGGCAGGUGAGCCUUCUCCAAGGGUUUUCCUCAUCUCCAGGUGGUAUUUGAAUAUGUAUGAUUUCCCUCUCUUGCAAGAGACCCUGGAAAAUGAACUAGAUGAUCUCAAGAGAAAUGCUUUAAUUCUGGCUUUGCCAGUUUUCUCAAGAGAAAUCCUGGAAAAGAAAACUUCUGCUAUGGAAGCCCUUAUAUGGAAACUAGCUAUCGUGUCCUGUGCCUUUGGGGCGGUUCCUGUCCCAGGACUCUCUUUGGCCUGUGAUAUUAGCAUCUUAGUAGGAGCACUGCUCCAUUUCUACAAAGUCUUUGGCUUGGAUGAAGAUUCCCUUUGCAGAGUUGCAAAACAGGUCAGGAAAGAUUACCAAGUGUUGAAAUCUGCUAUCAAGAAGUCUCCAAUGUCCAGCGAGAUUACUCCAGAAUUUGUAAUCGGUCUCUUGACCAAGUCAUUGUUGUGUGGGACACUGAUGGUGUUAGAGCUGGUCUUGGAUUUCGUACCAGUGUUGGGGUCUCUGGUUGGAGGAGUUAGUUCCUUCAUCACCACAUUCUACAUGCUGAAGAGUUUUCUGAAAGACAUUGUGGAAGACGCGGAGAACGUUCGGGCAAAAGCUGCUGAGCCUUAAGCCUUCCCAAACCAAC